AUGCCUUCUCUCUUCAAGACCCUCUUCGCGGUCGCUGCCCUGCUGCCCUCAGCUCUCUGCGCUCUGCCCACAAAGGCCGAGGGCUUCGCCUCCAGCACCACCGGCGGAGGCAACGCCGCUGCCGUCUACCCCAAGAACGCCGCCGAGCUCGUCAAGUACCUCGGCGACUCGACCCCUCGCCGCAUCUUCAUCGACCGCACCAUCAGCUUCCUCGGCACCGAGGGCACCGCCAGCGAGACCGGCUGUGCCCCCUGGGGAACCGGCGCCCAGUGCCAGCUCUCCAUCAACCAGCACGGCUGGUGCGACAACUACCAGCCCAACGCCCCCAAGGUCAACGUCAAGUACGACAAGGCCGGUGUCCUGGGCAUCCUUGUUGGCUCCAACAAGUCCCUGAUCGGCGUUGGCUCCAAGGGUGUCAUCCGCGGCAAGGGUCUCCGUAUCGUCGGCGCCAAGAACGUCAUCGUCCAGAACGUUCACAUCACUGAGCUCAACCCUCAUGUUGUCUGGGGAGGAGAUGCCAUCACCCUCGACGACACCGACAACGUCUGGAUCGACCAUGUCACCACUUCUCUCAUCGGCCGCCAGCACAUUGUCCUCGGCAACAAGGCCUGCAACCGUGUCACCAUCUCCAACAGCAAGAUCGACGGCACCACCAACUGGUCCGCCAGCUGCAACACCUACCACUACUGGGGACUCUACUUCGCCGGCGCCGCCGACCUGGUCACCUUCAAGAACAACUACGUCUACCGCGUCUCCGGCCGUGGCCCCAAGGUCUCCGGCAACACUCUCCUCCACGCCGUCAACAACUUCUUCCACGACGUCCCCGACCACGCCUUCGAGAUCGACUCUGGCAGCGUCCUUGCUGAGGGCAACAUCUUCCAGAACGUCAAGUACCCCGUCAACUCCAAGGGUUACCAGGGCCAGCUCUUCGGUGUUCCCACCAACGGUGCUGCUUGCGCUUCCGCUCUCGGCCGCAACUGUGAGAUCAACGGCUUCGGCAGCUCUGGCACUCUCGGUGGCACCAGCACUGGCUUCCUCAGCAACUUCAAGGGCAAGACUGUUGCCAAGGCUGCUCCUUACGCCAAUGUCAAGAGCGUCAUGACCUCCGCUGGCUUCGGCAUGGCUUAA